GGGCUUUUGUCUUUUUUUGCUUGCCUUUUGCUUGGAGGAAGGCUGCUGGAUAUUUCUUGUUUUGAACCCUCAACUCUUUGCAAGCAACAAUUCAGCCUUCCUUUUCUAAUUUUUGUUUUUUUGCUCGCUCCGCCUUUCUCGUUUGAGGGUUAGAGAAACGUGAAACGAGCAAAUAACGAACGUUGUACGGAAAGCGGAAGCAUAUCUUUUCACUCUACACACUGAAUUGCCAAAAAGCGAUAUGGCCAACACCCUUCAGGAGCCGGCGGACGCACAAACCACUGCAAACCAGCAACAGGCAGAUGGCAUUGUAGCUGCACGGCCUUCGCCACCCAUCACAUCGCCUCCUAUUGGUGUCAACGCUGGUACGAUUGCGACGCUGCUUUUGAACGAUGGGACAGCCUAUGAGGGCUACUCGUUCGGGUCUGAGAAACAGUCGAUCGCUGGAGAAUGCGUUUUUCAAACUGGAAUGGUCGGUUAUCCGGAAUCCCUCACGGAUCCAUCGUACCGAGGACAGAUCCUGGUCUUGACAUUCCCACUUGUGGGAAACUACGGUGUCCCAUCUCGCAAGGAUGUAGAUACGCAUCUCAACAACUUGCAAAACUACUUUGAAUCCGUCGAGAUUCAUAUUGCGGCUCUUGUUGUAGGUCACUACUCCCAUGACUUUUCACAUUACCUGGCCGACUCUUCCCUUUCGACCUGGUUGAAAGAAAACAACAUCCCGGCCUUGUAUGGUGUAGAUACGCGUGCCCUUACCAAAAAAAUUCGGACAAAAGGUGUUCUUUUGGGCAAAGUUUUGUUUCCAAAGGCCUUGGUGGGUCCCGGAAUCACUGGACAAGAGGACUCGGCAGCAUUGCCAUGGAUGUCUGAAUACUCGGACGUUGCCUGGCACGACCCCAACUCACGAAACCUCGUUGCGGAAGUUUCAGUGAAGAAGCCCAUCGUAUAUACUCCUCAAGAUGAGAGCAAAUGGGUUCGCGGAACAAACGGAAAGGUUUUGCGAGUUUUGGCGAUUGAUGUGGGCUUGAAGAAUAAUCAGAUUCGGUGCUUCCUGAAACGGGGAGUUGAAGUUAAAGUUGUCCCAUGGAACUACGACUUUAUUGCGGACCGCGACUAUGACGGUCUUUUCAUCAGCAAUGGGCCCGGUGACCCGACAACGCUUAAAGAAACGAUUGAGCGCCUUGCAAAGCAAAUGAAAGCCGCUGAUAAACCCAUAUUUGGUAUUUGUCUCGGUCACCAGCUUAUUGCCCUUGCUUCUGGUGCUCAGACGAAAAAGAUGAAGUACGGUAACCGUGGGCACAAUAUCCCCUGUACCAAUCUGCAAACCGGUCGAUGCUACAUUACUUCGCAAAAUCACGGGUACUGUGUGGAUGUUGAGACAUUGACCCCCGGCUGGAGAGAGUACUUUGUAAACGCAAAUGAUGGAUCAAACGAGGGUAUUAUUCACGACACACUACCUUACUUCAGUGUCCAAUUCCACCCGGAGUCUACCCCGGGUCCUUGGGACACAGAGUACCUCUUUGACCGAUUCAUUGCAUGUGUUGCUGCCUGCAAUCAAGCUGGCAAGCUGGUUCCUCUUUCUAGUGAAGACAAACGGCCGGCUGCCGUGCGACACCACCCACGUAAAGUGUUGAUCUUGGGAUCCGGUGGUUUGUCUAUUGGUCAAGCUGGUGAAUUCGACUACUCCGGAUCUCAGGCGAUCAAGGCGCUUAAAGAGGAAGGCAUUUAUACUAUUCUCAUCAAUCCCAACAUUGCUACCAUUCAGACAUCUCAAGGGCUGGCCGACAAAGUCUACUUCCUCCCAGUCACCCCCGACUUUGUGCGCAAAGUAAUCAAACACGAAAAGCCCGACGGUAUAUACUGUACAUUUGGAGGACAGACUGCUCUUAAUGUCGGUGUGAAAUUGAAGGACGAAUUUGAAGGACUGGGCGUCCAGGUGUUGGGUACUCCUAUCAAAACUAUUGAACUCACAGAGGAUCGUGAUCUGUUCGCCCAAACGAUGGCGGAGAUUGGAGAAAAGUGCGCCAAGAGCGAGUCUGCAAAUAACGUCGACGAGGCUGUUGCUGCCGGUCGCAGAAUUGGAUAUCCUCUUAUCGUUCGUGCUGCUUACGCGCUGGGUGGGCUUGGGUCUGGCUUCGCUGAUGACGAGGCACAAUUGGUCGCACUUUGCCAGAAGGCCUUUGCGACGUCCCCGCAGGUGCUUGUGGAAAGGAGUAUGAAGGGAUGGAAGGAAAUUGAGUAUGAAGUUGUUCGCGACGCCAACGACAACUGUAUCACGGUCUGUAACAUGGAGAACUUUGACCCUCUCGGUAUCCACACUGGAGACAGUAUCGUUGUAGCCCCAUCGCAGACGCUAUCCGAUGAGGACUAUAUGAUGCUUCGUCGUACGGCUGUGAAUGUGAUUCGCCACCUGGGAGUUAUCGGCGAAUGUAACAUUCAGUAUGCCUUGAACCCCAAGUCAAAGGAGUAUUGCAUUAUAGAGGUGAAUGCCCGUUUAUCACGUAGUUCGGCCCUUGCCUCAAAAGCCACCGGAUACCCUUUGGCCUUCGUUGCUGCCAAGCUCGGUCUUGGAAUUCCGUUGACCGAGGUGAAAAACAGUGUCACCAAAAAGACGAUUGCCUGCUUCGAGCCCAGUUUAGAUUACUGUGUUGUCAAGAUUCCUAGGUGGGAUUUGAAAAAGUUCAACCGUGUCAGCACGAAGGUCGGGUCUGCCAUGAAGAGUGUAGGAGAAGUCAUGGCAAUUGGACGCAACUUUGAAGAGACCAUUCAGAAAGCUAUUCGGGCAGUCGAAUAUAACUUCAUUGGCUUUUCCGAGAACGACAUCAUUGACCAAGACAAAAUUGACGAGGAGCUGAAAAACCCAUCUGAUCAGCGUCUCUUUGCCAUUGCAAAUGCUCUUCACAAGGGCUACUCGGUUGACCGCGUGUGGGAACUUACCAACAUUGACAAAUGGUUCUUGAACAAGCUCAAGAACAUUGUGGACUUGGACAAGCAGCUUGGAACAUUCACCCCACAAACCGUUCCUGCGACUCUGAUCCGCUGCGCCAAGCAAAUUGGUUUCUCUGAUCGACAGGUUGCGAAAGCCAUUGGCACGACCGAGUUAGGAGCACGUAAACUUCGGACGGAUCAUGGAAUCCGACCUUUUGUCAAGCAAAUCGAUACAGUUGCUGCCGAGUUCCCUGCUUACACCAACUAUCUGUAUAUGACGUACAACGCCGCCGAGCACGAUGUGACGUUUGAAGACAAAGGUGUCAUGGUUCUUGGAAGCGGUGUUUACCGUAUCGGUAGCAGUGUGGAAUUCGACUGGUGCGCAGUGCGCUGUAUCCGCACAUUGCGUGAAACCGGUGUGAAAACGAUCAUGGUCAACUACAAUCCUGAAACCGUUUCCACCGACUAUGAUGAAGCCGAUCGAUUGUAUUUUGAGACGCUGACUCUUGAGCGCGUGCUUGACAUUUACGAGAUGGAGAACGCGAAUGGUGUUAUCGUCUCCAUGGGUGGUCAGACACCAAACAACAUUGCCUUGCCUUUGCAUCGUCAGAAUGUGAAAAUCUUGGGCACUUCACCCGAAAUGAUUGACAAUGCAGAGAAUCGUUACAAAUUCUCUCGAAUGUUGGAUAAAAUCGGCGUGGAUCAACCUCAGUGGAAAGAGCUGACCUCCAUCCAGGAGGCCACGUCCUUCUGUGACAAGGUCGGAUACCCCGUUUUGGUACGUCCUUCCUACGUCCUUUCUGGAGCCGCGAUGAACGUGGUGUACUCGCAAAAUGACCUGCGAAGCUACCUGGAUCUCGCUGUACAAGUGUCACGCGAUUACCCUGUGGUUAUUUCAAAGUUCAUUGAAGAAGCCAAGGAGAUUGAGAUGGAUGCUGUCGCGGACAAUGGAAACUUGGUCAUGCAUGUUAUUUCGGAGCAUGUAGAGAAUGCCGGAGUUCACUCAGGUGACGCAACAUUGGUUUUGCCACCUCAAGAUUUGGAUCCUGAGACUGUUAGAAAGAUUGUGGAUGCUACCCGCAAGAUUGGUAAUGCACUGAACGUGACGGGUCCGUACAACAUUCAGUUUAUCGCCAAGAACAACGAAAUCAAGGUGAUUGAGUGCAAUGUGCGCGCAUCACGGUCGUUCCCUUUCUGUUCCAAAGUCCUUGGAGUUGAUUUGAUUGAGAUGGCAACCAAGGCCAUGACGAAUCAGCCGUACGAGGCCUACCCACCAGUGGAGACAAAGAAGGACUACGUUGCUGUGAAAGUCCCGCAGUUCAGUUUCAGUCGUUUGGCUGGUGCUGACCCUAUCUUGGGUGUGGAAAUGGCCUCCACGGGUGAGGUGGCUUGUUUUGGUCGGGAUAAGUACGAGGCGUACAUCAAGGCGCUACUGGCUACGGGAUUCACCAUGCCAAAGAAGAACAUUCUGUUAUCGAUUGGAUCGUUCAAGGAGAAACUCGAAUUCUUACCUUCUGUUCAGAAAUUGCAUGAAAUGGGCUACAGCUUGUUUGCUACCACUGGAACGGCGGAUUUCAUCCAAGAACACGGUAUUCCCGUCAAGUACUUGGAAGCGCUCGAUGACUCUGGCAAACUUCCUCAACAAAAGUUGGAGUACAGUUUGACCCAGCAUUUGGCGAAUAAUUUGAUUGAUUUGUACAUCAAUUUGCCUUCGAAGAACCGUUUCCGUCGCCCUGCCAGCUACAUGAGUAGAGGAUAUCGCUCACGUCGUAUGGCUGUAGACUUUGCGGUGCCGCUCAUCACCAACGUCAAGUGCGCUAAGCUGUUUGUUGAAGCCCUGAGCCGAUGGAAAGAAUUUGAGAUUACUUCGAACGACUAUCAAACCUCCCACAAGACUGUCACUUUACCUGGACUGGUCAAUGUGCGUUCGUAUUUGCCCGGAGCCAUCCCUCAGGCAGAGGAAUGGGAGAGUUUGACCAAGGCUGCGGUUGCGGGUGGAUUCACUCUUAUGUGCAACAUGCCUUCGCCGAGCAAGGGGAUGAAACCUACCGUCUUUUGCGAUUAUGCUGUGUCAACUGUGGCAACCCAAGAAAACGCCAAUUCUAUUAGCGUUGGAACAGGCAAUGCCUUGAGUCUGUAUAUCGGCUUUGGGGCUGGCCAAUUAAAGACUCUAACAGACUUGGCUGGUCACAUGCGUAAUUGGCCCAGAGACAGUCCAAUGAUUGCUUGUGCUAAGGAAACUGAUCUCGCAUCUGUCUUGUAUUUGGCCAACCUCCACAAUCGGUCGAUUCACGUCACAAACAUUCGCACGUCCGCUGAUGUGGAAUUGAUUGCGAUGAGUAAAGAAAAGGGCGUGGAUGUUACUUGCGAUGUGUGCGUCGAUAGUCUCUUUUUGACGAAAACGAACGCUGCUGGUGAUAGCGAUGUGCAAGUCACGCAGGGUGACAUUGACGCCUUGUGGCAGAAUCUGGCUGUGAUUGAUUGCUUCUCUGUCACUGGACGGGUUGGACAGGGCCAAACCGGGCUACGCAUGGAGGACGCUUUGCCCCUUUUGUUGGGUGCGGUUUCAGAGGGCAAAUUGACUAUGGAUGAUGUCCGGGCAAGGUUGUAUGACAACCCCAAGAGAAUCUUUGGUCUGCCUGAGCAGGUCGAUACAUAUGUUGAGGUGGAGAUUGACCGUAGAUCUGGUGCUGGUCGUGCGGGUGGUCCUUCCCCGAGCGGAUUCAUUCAUCGCGUGGUAAUCCGUGGUGAGACAGUUUACCUUGACGGCAGUUUCUUUGACGGACCUACUGGGCGAGAUGUUACCGGAUCAGUCAGAAUCAGCUCCCAAAGCGUUCUUCCUGUUACUGCUCGGCGAACCUCGAUUCUUCCGGUGGACCAGAAGGAAGCGACCGCGAGUGUUGUUCCCAAGAGUCCACGCCCGAGGGUGUCCGUGGACGGUCCUUUGGUGACCGGUCCCAUGAGUCCUGAUGUGCACACCAAAGACAGCGGGCUCUCAACGUUAAUGAAGGGAUCAUCCAUUGGAAGUACCAAGGAGUUAACCGUGCCACUUACGGAGACUGUCCAGCGUGCCGUACAACAGACCAUCAACAUCUCGAACAGCCCCUACAUUUCGGACUAUCUGUCUAGCUCUGCAUCGGCAGCCGUUGCAAAGUCGCCCUUCUUCCGCAAGCACAUUCUUUCCGUAAAGCAAUUUACCCGCAACGAUCUCCACAUGCUCUUUGGUGUCGCGCAAGAGAUGCGGACAUUGGUGGAGCGAUUUGGCAGUGUCAAUCUGCUCGCAGGUAAAGUGAUGUGUUCCGCGUUCUGGGAGCCUAGCACCCGGACGAGCUGCUCCUUUGAAGCUGCCAUGAGGCGAUUGGGAGGUGGGGUUGUGAGCAUUGAUGGCGAGACCAGUUCCGUCAAGAAGGGCGAGAGUUUGGGUGACACAGUUCGGACGCUGAGUUGUUACGGCGACGUGAUCGUGAUGAGACAUCCUGCUCCUGGUAGUGCGGUACAAGCGUCCACCUACUCUACCGUUCCAGUUAUCAAUGCUGGAGAUGGAAUUGGCGAGCAUCCCACGCAAGCGUUCCUGGACGCUUUCACCAUCCGUGAAGAAUUGGGCACUGUGAAUGGAUUGACCAUUACCAUGGUCGGCGACCUCAAGAAUGGCCGAACAGUGCACUCUCUCGUACGCCUCCUCUCCCAAUACGACGUUAAACUCAACUUUGUCUCCCCACCCACUCUCCGCAUGCCCGAUGAAGUUAAGGCAGAAGCCACCAAGGCUAACAUCCCGCAAAACGAAACCACAUCGCUGGAGAGCGUGAUUGGCACUACGGACGUGCUGUAUGUCACUCGUAUCCAGAAGGAGCGGUUUACAAACCCUGCCGAAUAUGAGUCCGUUUUGGGGGCCUAUGUGGUUACCAAUAAGCUCCUCCAAAAAGCCAAGCGUAACAUGAUUGUCAUGCACCCGCUUCCUCGCGUCAAUGAAAUUGAUGAAGAAGUGGAUUUCGAUCAACGUGCGGCGUACUUUAGGCAGAUGCGUUAUGGGCUUUAUGUCAGGAUGGCGCUAUUGGCUUUGGUGUGUGGCAAGAGCUCGACUGCUUAGAAGAAACUUUCAUAGAAAUAUUGGGGGUUCUGAUAGUUUUCGAUUUUCUUAGAAUUGUUCAAGUUUGGGUUGUUUUUAGUUUUUCUUUUUAAACUUUUUUUCACACACACAUAAAAUCUUGGAGGAAGGAGGAGGAGGAGGAAGAGGCGAGGGCGUUGGGACAUUUUCAGCAUUUUUCUUUACACAUUCUUAUUAUGGUUCUUUGAUGAAAACCGUAUACUUGCUUUGUAUUUUCUUUUUUGUGUUUAUUUCCAGACAUUUAAUACUACAUGUCUGUAAUUUAUUUCUUUGUUCUUGU